CCUUGGGCUCCUUCGCCCUUCUCCCCUCCGUGGUGGCAGUCGCUCCUGGGGGUGGGAGGGCCGGGGUCCUGGUUCCGGUUCCCGUCGGCGGGGGGAGGACAUUUUUUCUCCAGAUGUCCUCUCCCCGCACCUUUAAGCCGUCCCUCAGCCUCCCCUGCCCAGAACUCGUCCCUUUUUCGUAACUUAGCCCCAGGCCCUCAGCCCUGGCGAGCUCUCGGCCAUGCGGGCGCCCUGCAGGCGGGGACCCUCGUGGGCUGCCCGGGCAGUCGCUCCCGCCGCCCGUGACGCCGCGCCAGGGCCAGGUGCACCUGUGGUGGCGGCCACCAGACGCCCGCGGCCCGGGCUCCCCGGUGGAGCGGCACGCGGCCGUGCGCCAUGCGCGGCGGGCACUGCUAGGCAACUGGGGGGUGGCCAUGCCGCCGCCACAACUUCCUGUCUGCUGGGUCGUGGGGGUCCUUGCAGGCCGCCUGCUCCCCCCAGUGCCCGGGGAGAGGAGGGCGAGUGCCCACCACGCACUCGGCGACUUCCCUGGCGGCGAGGAGGAGUGACCGUUGAGCAGGUAGUUGUGCACGUGUCCAGGCCAGGCCGGAGAGAACUUGUGGACAUUUUCUGUGUUCCCCAGGAAACUUGAGGAGAUCACUUUUCGCUGUGAGAUGGGAAGAGUACCCUCUUAGAUUAAAAACUUGGAAGAAAAGUGUAGCAGCCGUAGUCCAAAAAAGCAGUCUCCAUGUGGUCACACGAACGCUACCUUCAAAAUGAGUGUUUUCCAGAAAGCAGGCAGCCUGCUUCUGCAAAGUGGUAUGAUCGAAGGGACUAUGUCUUCAUUGAAUUCUGUGUUGAAGACAGUAAAGAUGUUAAUGUAAAUUUUGAAAAAUCCAAACUUACAUUCAGUUGUCUUGGAGGAAGUGAUAAUUUUAAGCAUUUAAAUGAAAUUGACCUUUUUCAUUGUAUUGAUCCAAAUUCUAGAGAACGUAAGGGAAGAAGUAAGAAAGGAGAGGAUUCCAAGCACAAAAGAACGGACAGAUCAAUUUUAUGUUGUUUACGAAAAGGAGAAUCUGGCCAGUCAUGGCCAAGGUUAACAAAAGAAAGGGCAAAGCUCAAUUGGCUUAGUGUGGACUUCAAUAAUUGGAAAGACUGGGAAGAUGAUUCAGAUGAAGACAUGUCUAAUUUUGAUCGUUUCUCUGAGAUGAUGAACAACAUGGGUGGUGAUGAGGAUGUAGAUUUGCCAGAAGUAGAUGGAGCAGAUGAUGAUUCACAAGACAGCGAUGAUGAAAAAAUGCCAGAUCUGGAAUAAGGAGUAUUGUCAUCACCUGGAUUUUGAGAAAGUGAUUUCUCUGCAAAAUUUCAUAAUUGAGAGAAUUCCUGAGUUGAUAGCUCUAAAGGUGGAUGCUGUAUUUGCCUCCUUUAACCCAUUUUUCAACCUAUUUGUUUUUUUAAAAGGCUUCACUAAGGGUUGAUAUGUACCAUUGUAAGGGGCAGUUUUAAGUCAGCUAAGGCAAUAACCUUAUGCAUGAACAUUUCCCAGACUUCAUGAAGCUGUUGAGGUCCUAGAUAAUUGAUACAGCAGUUGUGAUAAAUAAAAACAUUUCACUUAAGUCUCCUUUACUUCUUCAUAACAUAGAUACUGACAUGAUAGGAAGUGCUCAGCUUAGGGAAAGAUAAGUAAAUUUUAGGGUUUAGAACAUGGACUCAAACGUGGCUGAAACAAAUUGGCUGACACCUUAAACUGAUAACCGGCUAUUCCUCUGGUGUAUCCUUCAGGAGUGUUCCACUAAAGUUUAUUUUUCAAAAAAUUCACUUCACAUUAUUCUAUGUAAGUGAUCACUUGUCAGUGUUCCAGAUGUAUCUUAGCUAAAACUAGUGAAUGCCCUAACUUAGAUGGUUUUUGAAGCCUAUACAUUUGGUAUUGUUUGGCCCUUAAGCUUUUACAUCUCUUAGCAUGGAGGACGAAGAAAGCUGUACAUUGUUGCUUGAGAGUCUGUACAUUUAGACCAGAUUUGUAUUUGCACUGUCAGUAUGGCAAAUGAGUGAAGAAAAUGUUAAUACACUAUUGGAAAUUUUUUUUUAUUUCUUUUUUUUUUCUGGUUCAGCUUAUACCAGGGCUGAAAACCUCAAUUUAUGUUCAUGACAGUGGGGAUUUUUUUAAAUGUCUACAUUCUUUCUAAUAAACUGUUGGAAGACUUCUUGGCUGUCCUUUUAAGUGUCUGGUUUACCGUAACUUCAUGUAUUUACCAUUUACUGGAAUGGAAUUUUUAUUUUUAUUUGAGAAAGAACUUGGGACUAUUCCUCUGUUGAAUAAAGAGGCUUGCUGUAAUGUCACAGGAGACCUUCUUAAAGUGGAUCUGUAAUAGAAAAUUGUAGAUGCACUUGGCAGCAGUUGAAAAAGGAAGUUGUUGUGAUUUGAUUGAAAUAAAACUGAAUGUGUUGUCCUCCACUA